AUGGGCCAUCGUUUUGUAGACAGCUUUCGCCGUGCCCCUGGAGGACUUCCAAUGACUGGGAACCAUGGCUAUCAAAUCAACGAUGAUCUUCCAGAUAUAGCUCAAGCAGGUAACCGCUUCUACGAUCUUCGCGCCGCCAACGUCCGGACGGCGAAUUCUGCACUUGCACGCGAUCUCAAAGGCCGUCAUCUGCAGAUGAUUGCUUUUGGCGGUUCUGUCGGGACCGGUUUAUUUGUGGCAUCAGGCCUGGCAUUGUAUCAAGGUGGACCAGCUUCGAUGUUGCUGGCCUACAUCGUGACUGGUGCUAUUCAGUUUUGUACUAUGCAGGGCUUAGGUGAAUUAGUAGCAACAUUUCCCGUUGCUGGCUCGUUUUCUGCAUUUUCAAGUCGGUUUCUGGAUCCGUCGUGGGGCUUCGCCAUGGGCUGGAACUAUGCAUUGCAAUGGCUCUUUGUUCUGCCAGUUGAAAUUAUUUCCGGGGCAUUGACCAUCCAAUUUUGGAACUCGUCUAUUAACCCAGCAAUAUUCGUUACUAUUUUCCUCAUUACAAUCGUUACCAUCAAUAUGUUUGGCAUUAAAGGCUAUGGCGAAGCAGAAUUUAUUUUCUCUACAGUCAAGGUCACGGCCAUUGUCGGCUUCAUACUACUUGGUGUUGUCAUUAAUAUCGGAGGGCCGCCUACGAGUGGAUAUAUCGGUGGACAAUACUGGACUAACCCUGGUGCAACAAAUAACGGGUUUAAAGGGUUUUGCAGCGUCUUAGUUACGUCCUCGUUCUCCUUUAUCGGCACCGAAUUGGUUGGACUUGCUGCAGCUGAAACUGCUAAUCCGAAGAAAUCCCUUCCAAGCGCUAUUAAGCAAGUCUUUUGGAGGAUAGCCAUCUUUUACAUCCUAUCGCUCCUCCUUGUCAGUCUCUUAGUCCCCUACAACGACUCACGUCUGGUGGGAAGCGAAAGCUCCGUUGGUGCUACUGCUAGCCCCUUUGUUGUUGCCGUUGAGAGCGCCGGUUCAACAAUUCUGCCGAGCGUUAUGAAUGCCGUAAUUAUAAUUGCGGUACUGAGCGUGGGAAACUCGGCCAUUUUUGGAUCCUCGCGGACGCUGGCUGCCCUGGCCGAACAAUCACACGCACCUGCAAUAUUCUCAUAUGUGGACCGCAAAGGACGACCGUUGACGGCAAUCAUUUUCGCCUCAGUCCUUGGGCUUUUAGCAUACCUGGUUAACGUCAAAGUCCAUUCAGAGAUUUUCGACUGGCUUAUGGCUAUUUGCGCGCUAUCGGGUUUGUUUACGUGGGGUAGCAUCUGCCUCUGUCAUAUCCGCUUCCGCAAGGCUUGGGCGGCGGCAGGACAUUCGUUGAAUCAGCUACCAUUUUUGUCGCAGGCUGGCGUUGUAGGCUCUUAUCUUGGAGUAGCUGGAAACAUAUUGGUCCUGGCUUCACAGUUCUGGAUGGCCGUAUCUCCACUGCAAGGAGAUCCGAAUGCUACCGGGCCUAACAUCACUGCGAAAAAUUUCUUUCUCAAAGUGAUGGCCGUCCCAAUUAUUAUUUUAUUCUACGUGGGGCACAAACUGUGGUUCAGAACAAAAGUAGUCCCCAUUGCUUCCAUCGAUAUCAACACCGGGCGGAGUUUCUCAAGAAUGCAGUCGAUAACAGCAGAGGAAGAGGAGAUGCGCCAAGGGUGGCCUCUGUGGAAGAGGAUAUAUCGGACGCUCUGUUAA